UCGAUAUUCAUGGAACUUAAUGCAAAUAGCCAAGGUAUAAUUAUAAUUGAUUCCUUGAAGGAGUAACUCGCGCGCGCGCUUUGUCGUCUCCGCCGCGAUUACCGCGGGGUGCUUUAGCCAUCAUUAGCCGCGCAACAUAUUGAACGACAUGCACACGUGCGUUCCGCCAAGCCCGUUGAUUUUUAACGUUCAAUGGUGAACAAAGGAGGAUGAAGCGCGCCAACACCAUCAGCCGUACCGUGGAGAUUUGUCUUCGUGUGGCCGGCGUGUGGCCGGACUCGGCUUACGCGAACUUCCAUUGGCUCGGCUACAUGACGUCGAUCGCGAUAGUGCAGUAUUAUCAAUACGCGUACGUGCUCUCGCAUUUCGAGCUGAACAACCUCUCGACCCUCGUCGACUGCCUCAGUCUUACCAUGGCGUACACCCUCGCUUUCAUCAAGCUCUUCGUCCUCUGGUGGAAUCGCCGGUAAGUUUCGCGCUCUCAUGAGCGAAGCGCUGGUAUUAACACCGCGUGAAGGUGCAACACGCGAAGAAAUGUAAGUGAGAAGGUUUAAACGAUGAAAAAGUAGAAGUGACAUUCUCCAAACUCUGGGUAGAUUUAAUCGACGAUUAAUUGGCAGAGUCGUCAAUCGAAAUUGCUGUUGGAGAUGAAGAAAUUGAGAGAAGGAAAUUCGAAAUUUUACUUGGUAAUCUUACCAGUCAAACGUAGGUUAGAUUUAACCGAAAUUUGAAGGAAAACAUCCCAAGAUGUAAAUUCAUUCGAUAACCGUAGUCGAUGGUUCCCCUAACGAUCUAAGAAUAAUCGACUGUAGUUGGUCAAUUUGUUUAUUCCUCACGUCUUGCUGCUUAUGUUUCUUGUGCUUACCCCUAAAGUCUUACAUAUUUUUCUGAGUGCAGUGAUUUCAAUCUCAAUGCAAUGGCCUUAAUUUGUAACUUUCAAUCAAUUGUGACAGUGUCGUUAUUGUUACAUUAUCGUUACUCAGUUUUUCUAUCAUUGGAUUGAUCAAAAAAUUCCUUGGAAUCUUCCGAUCAAUAUGAAAGGUAAAAUUCUGAAGAAACUUUGAAGUCAAUUAUUAAAUCUGCGCUACGAUAACGUAAUGAUUUCGUCAAAAGUUACAGGAUAGGUUUAUAGAUAGAGGAUUGGAUUGAUAUUGACUGUCAUCGAAUAACGUCACACAUACAUGCGAACAUAUUUUCGAGCUCGGAAAAGAAGUGAU